CAAAACUUUAAAAAAAUAAAUAAAAAGGUAGAAAACAAAAUAAUAAAUUUUUGCUAGCUUACUUCAUUUUUCAAGUAUUUAAAUAGGUUUUGCGUUGAGUUGCAACAUUUAAGCUGCUACAUACUAAUUUUUGUGUUAAAUUGAACUUUUAAAGAAACAGCAAAAGACUUAAUACUGAAGAUGAACAAGGACCAGUAUGAGUAUGUUGUUGAAAAGGUCGUAGAUAAGCGAGUUAACGAAGACAAAGUUGAGUAUUAUAUAAAGUGGAAAGGCUAUACUACAGCUGAUAAUACGUGGGAACCUGAAGAAAAUCUCGAUUGUUCAGGCUUGAUAGCAGAGUUUGAGGAAAACCUGAAAAAUAAGGAAGGUGAUAAGAAAAAGGGUUUCGAUCGUGGCCUAGUUCCUGAGUGCAUCAUUGGUGCCACUAAAAGAUCUAAAGAAGUGUAUUUCUUGAUGAAAUGGAAAGGAACUGACGUAGGUGAUUUCGUAAAAGCCAAAGAAGCUAAUGAGAAAUGUCCUGAGAUUGUCAUUAAAUACUAUGAACAAAUUACUUCAUUUAACGCUUUCCAUCAACUUGUUCUGCACACUUAGUAUAAAUUGAAAAUAAAAGAUGCAGAACUCA